UCAGACUCCGGCGUUAGUUGCUGCUGCUCCUCCAUCUCUGAAGUUGCUUUGCUCUCCGCGGCGCAGCAGGUUCGCUCUAGCCUACAGCAUUGCCCGGAGAGGCACAUGCCCAGCAGCAACGCUGAAGCUGAGAGCGCUCAGACUUUGCCCUUUCUUGCUGAGCGAGGACACGGUUACUACCUGUAAAAGGCAAAGCAACUAUCGCGCUGUGCUCCUUCGACGGGUACAGCAUCCCGGUUCUUUGCUAUGAGAAGUCACGAAGCGGCCGGUCAAGAGGCUGGAGAGUUUCCAGACAAUGACAGACCGCAGGCUGCCAGUGAAGGAUCCAGAAGGUUCAGCAAAGAGCAGAUAUUUAUAAUGAUAGCAACAGCAUCGAUCAACUUCAGUUCAAUGAUUUGCUAUUCAAUCCUGGGACCCUUCUUUCCAAAAGAGGCAGAAAAGAAAGGUGCCAGUAGUACAGUAGUUGGACUCAUUUUUGGAUGCUUUGCAUUAUUCAACUUCAUGUCAUCUUUGAUAAUGGGCAAGUAUCUUGUACAAAUUGGAGCCAAGUUUAUGUUUGUCUCUGGAAUGUUUGUCUCAGGAUGCGCUACUAUUCUUUUUGGGAUAUUGGACAAAGCGCCAAAUGGGGCAAUAUUCAUAGGGAUGUGUUUUUUGGUUCGAGCAGUGGAUGCGAUUGGCUUCGCUGCAGCAAUGACUGCCUCAUUUUCUAUUCUUGCAAAGGCUUUUCCCAAUAACAUCGCUACAGUUCUGGGCAGCCUUGAAAUUUUUACUGGGCUAGGACUAGUGCUGGGCCCACCUAUUGGUGGCUUUUUGUACCAGUCUUUUGGCUAUGAAGUCCCUUUCAUUGUACUUGGAUGUGUGGUGCUUCUCCUGGUGCCUCUGAACAUGUACCUCUUACCAAAUUAUGAUUCAACUCCUGGCAAAGAUUCAUUCUGGAAGCUUAUUACCCUACCAAAAGUUAUGCUCCUAUGUAUGACUAUGUUUUCUUUAAGUGCAUGUUUAGGCUUUCUAGAUCCUACGAUGUCACUAUUUGUCUUGGAAAAGUUCACAUUGCCAGUUGGCUAUGUAGGGUUAGUCUUCUUGGGGUUAGCACUCUCCUAUUCCUUAUCUUCACCCCUGCUUGGUUUUCUGAGUGAUAAAAUGCCGCAUUUAAGGAAGUGGCUGUUGGUCAUUGGAGGCUUAUUGACAGCAUUGUGCUAUUUUCUCUUGGGACCUGCUCCCAUCUUGCACAUUGAAAGCAAACUUUGGCUCUUUGUGCUAAUACUGGUCCUGAUCGGGUUUUCUCUUGGGAUGAGCGGUAUCCCAGCAUUCCCUGAGAUACUCAGUUGUGCAUAUGAGAAUGGAUUCGAGGAAGGCCUAAGUUUGUUAGGGCUGGUAUCUGGACUCUUCAGUGCCGUCUGGUCCCUUGGGUCUUUUGUAGGUCCAACAUUAGGUGGAUUCCUAAAUGACAAGCUGGGGUUUGAAUGGGCUGCAGCCAUACAAGGUGGAUUACCGCUGUUAAGUGGACUGGCUGUAGGAAUUUUGUAUAUCUACGAGGCCGCACGUAAAAGGUCCUGUGCUGAAAACCUGGGAACAGAGCAAGAAAGAUCUCAUCUCUUAUCAAGUGAAACAUAAUUGGAAGUUGGUUUCUACCCAAACUCGUGGCUAAUUCAAGAGCAUAAUGCACAAACAAGGCACAAGCAAAUGACUUUUAAAUGUGGCCGUCUCUUUCAUACUGCCCUAUUAUGACCUUGGAAUUUUUCUUAUCGCUGCAAUUUACCAGUCCGUAUUUGGAGGAUAAAUGCCUUUUUACACUCCUAUGCCCAACUGAGCUGGUUCUAACUGAGAGUCUUACAGAUGCCUGAUGGACAGGAGAAAGGACAGGAGAAAUAUUUUGCACAAUGGGAAAUAAUAUAUUGCACAAUAUGAAAUAUGUUCAGUAAUACCUGACUUUUGGACUUUAAUAUCACUGAUGGCCAGUACUCAAUAAACUUUCUUUAAAAGUUCAUUUUGUUUAUACUUUUCAAGGAACACUGUGCUGAACUUUUAAAGGAAUAUUACAACGUAAGACUAUUUACCUACUAAUAUAAAAUAAUUUGUUCCUUUAUUUGUUCCUUUAUUUUAUGCUUAACUUCCAUACCGAUACUUGCACAUUAUGGCUCAUGGCCCUGUAAUAUGUGGUACUCUGAUCCAGAGCAUUUUUUAUGCUUUGGUGUAAACAUUGCUCCUGUCAAUGUGGACUUUCCCACAUUUCCUUCAGAAGAAAGGAUAUGCGCAUCCCUUUUGCAGAGACGGAACUCCCCCCUUCACUGAAGCGCAUUGCCUUCUCCUGGUGGAUCGUGUUCCUACAUAGAGGGAAGAG